GGUGCCGCUGCAGUGAUGGAAGCGCAGGAAGGAGCGAGUGACUCGGCUGACUGUCAGGGGGCUUCGGCGCCGUUCAGUGGCUCCUUAGAAGAAACAGCGGGAGAAGGAGCCCCAACGCCCGUCUGCGAGGAGGACGGGAAAAAGCCGGACCUGCUGACGCUCCUUCGAGUAAGGGAACAAAUAAACCAGCAUCUUAUGGAAUAUAAUGCAACAAUUAAUGCAAGUGAAGAAAGCAUUCCAGAUCAAGUUAUAGAUGAAAAGAUAAUAGAGUGUUCCAUAGAAGACUUGGAAAAAGAAAUGGAGGCGGUAAAGGUAUCAUACCAGAACAAAACUUUAGCAAUACAAAGGAUCCAAGUAACUGAUGCCCUUAGAACCAAACUGAAGAACAAUGACGAUGACUCUAAGUUUAUCUGGGAUACUAUAAAACAUAUAAUGAUGCUUAGUACUGCAAUACUUAAAUCACAGCAGCAAUCCCGUGAGUUGGAAGAAAAACUGAAUAAGGUUAAGCAGAGCAGACUAGCACUGAAACGAGCUGGGGAAUGCAAACUGGCACAAAUACAUGAUACACAAAGAAAACAAAAAGAAGAACUGGAAAAUAUGGAAGUGAGUAAAAUGUUGAAGAAGGUUCGUAGAAAUCUGCAGCAGGAAAUUCAGAUGACUACACUGAUUCAAAACAUCUUCCAGGUAGUCAAGCCACAUUCACCAUUAAUUAAGUUUCCAGACAGAAAAAGUACUCCCAAACCUAAAAUGCAGGAGCCUCUACAGUCAAGAGUGCCUCCACUUCAUGCAGCAUCCUCACAGUUCCCUGCAGGAGGUGGGCCACCAUCCCAUCAAAAUAUUUCAUUCAGUGGUAGAACACAAGGCACGCCUGACACGUCAGAAUUAGUAAGGACAUUACCUCAAAAAUACCGAAGGAAACCCAUACCAGUUGAAGAGAUGGACUACAUCCAACGUGGAGGUCCAGAAUAACCCAGAAGAUUAGCUACUGCUGAAAAACAAACUCUUGUAUUCACAAUAAAGGCCUUCCUCACUCUCUGAAUAUUGUAAGCAUCUGUAGGCAAAUAGCUGUAUUAAAGGCCUUUCUUGAGGGAUGAGAAGAUAAAUACUUCAGAAAGUGGCUGUGUUCCAAAUCAGAAGACAGUUCUGUUUUGAGUAACUGUUUGACUCCACUUGAAAUAACUACACUAUUAAAAUUUAUUUUUUUCAUUCUA